AUGGAAGACAAGAAACAGUGCACACUAACGUUUAACGACUGGUGUAAAAAACAAGAAAAGCAGGAGGAUGGUUUGAACAGCGGUUAUAAUAAUAAAUAUAACGAAAUAUAUUUUAAUAAGGAUAUGAAACAUAAUAUAUAUGAAAAUAUUAGUGAAAGACCAAUAAUAAAUAUACAAGGAGAUCAACCCAUUUUUAAUGUACCUAUAUAUCAAGAUAAAUAUAUUCGAGAUAAAAUAGUAGAAUGUGUAAAUUACGAAAUUCAAGAUGUUGUACAGCCUACUUUUUAUUCUCAAGAAACUAAACAUGAUGUACCUACAGUGGAAUUAUUAUAUAAAGAAAAAAAAGUUAAUAUACCUCAAGAGAAAAUUAUAGAAAAAGCUGUAGAAGUAGAUAUGCCUAUAGGAUAUUCACCUGUCUUUUCUCCUACUUGGGAUGUUAGAGAGAUUCCUCGUGUUAUUCCAAAAUAUGAAGGAGAACAAAAAAUCAUACAAGUAGAAAUUCCUCAAAUUAAAUAUGUUGAUAAAUUUGUAGAAAAGGAAAUUAUUGUAGAUAUAAAAGAAAAAAUUAUACCAAGAAUUAAUGAAGUUGAAAAAGAAAUUGAUGUCGUAAAAUAUCAGUGGAAAGAAAAAUAUCAGGAUGUACCUGUAUGUAAAUAUGUUCCUAAAAUAGAUGUAGAACUUGAUUGUCCUCCACCUUUAAUAGUUCCAUAUCCAGCUGUACAUUUUCAUAAUACAUCGGAAGUUUUGAAUCCUCAUCAGAAAGCUCUAGAUAUCCCUUCUGAGAUGUUGUUAAAAAAUAGUAAUAUGUUUAAUUAUGACACUAAUAUGAAUGUUAAUAAGAAUAAUGAAUAUAUGUAUGUUAAUAAGAAUAAUGAAUAUAUGUAUGGUAAUAAGAAUAAUGAAUAUAUGUAUGGUAAUAAGAAUAAUGAAUAUAUAAAUGUUAAUAAGAAUAAUGAAUAUAUGAAUGGUAAUAAGAAUAAUGAAUAUAUGAAUGGAUCUAAUUGUAAUAUAUAUAAUGAUAGCAAUAUGCAUAAUAAUAAUAAUAUAUAUAAUAGUAGUAAUAAUUAUAAUGGUAUGUCCAAUUUUCAUGUAGAUGAAUCAGUGAAGAAAUCACUUCUAGAUGUAGCUAGAUUAACAGGUGUACAAAAAGAUAAUGAUGAAGAAUACAAUGAAUUUUUGAAAAAAAAAAAAAAAAAAAAUUGGCCUUUCUGUUAUUUUAAGAAAGAUACUAUGAAAGGAAAUGAUGAAAUAUACAAAGGUGGAAAUUAUUCAACUUAUCAAAAUAAUUGUUGUGGUAAUUAUAAAACAGAAGAUGAAAAUAAUUAUGAUAUAGAUCCCAAUACAGGAUAUCCUAAAUCAAUGCCUAAAGAUUUUGCAUCAUUUUUUAAACAAGAUUUAGAUAGUGUUAAGAAACAGAUGGAAAAAAGAAAGACAAAUACAAAAUCAAGUUAUUCUAGUGAUUUUCUCGAGAAAAGUCCAGUGAACCCAUCUAUAGAAUAUUUAGGUAAAGUUGAUAAACCACCAAUAGAUGCAGGAAAAUUGGAUUCUAUAUCAUUUAAAUUACAUGCAAUAGAAGUACAUCAAUUUAUACCUAUACCAAACCUACCAAAACCAAGAUUUCUAGAUUUAGUACCAUCUGAACAAUAUGAACAAAAUGAUAUAUCAUCUUUACAAAAUGUAUUUGGACAAGUACCAGAAGGAUGGGUAGAUCCACAAAUUACUGGAUUCAUAGCACCAAUGAUGAAUGAUGUAUUACAUGGAAAUAUACAACCUCAAAGUCCUUUGUUUAAUAAUUUAAGUACUGAAGGUCAUGAUUCUUCUUCAAAAAAUAGAAGAACUCCUUGUAUAUCUGCACCAUCAAACAUACACAAUAAUAAUGAUAGUAAUUUACUCAGUUUUGAUCAUAAUAAUUAUCAGAAUGAAGGAGAAGUAGGCUCCUUUGAUCAAAUAUAUUAUGAUGAAUAUAGAAAUGAUACAUAUGAUAAUGAGGAAAAUGAAUAUCAUACAGAAUAUAUAGAAAAUAAUAAUGAUGAGGGUACAAAUAGUUACAUAAAAUCUCCUAACGAUCUUACAUAUAAUACAGAUUCGUCAAUAAAUGAAAAUAUCAAUUAA